CUGCUAGGUCCUUUGGAUUGGAUUCUGGCGCUGCCUUGCUAACUUGUGAAAAGGCAAAUAGAUAUUUUGAAACCUGAGCUGUGGGAAUUUCUUAAUAGUCAGGUCCAUGGAAGAUAUUAAUAGGCAGUAAGACUUUAUUUAAUUCUUUCUUUUUUCCUUGGUUACAUUUAAUUCUUUCUAUUUAAGUCACUCAUCAAACAAAAAAAUGAAAUAAAUGAAACCGCGAGCUGUGAAGCCAAUGAGACCUUGCCAUCUACUCCACUUGAAGGAAUUUCCUGUAGCCAAAGUUACAAAUGGCUUGCACCUGAGGAUCUCUUACUAUAGUCUUUUACUUAUUGCUAGGCGUGCAAAUAGGUCGAAUCGAGUCAGGUCAUGGUGAUCCCGAUUUAACCCAGUUUCUUGUUCGGAUUCUAAUUUUGGACCCAGACCCAACCGGGUUCGGGUUCGGGUUCGGUUCGGGUCAGAUUCGGAUCAACCUAUCCAUGGCUUUAGAACUUGUGUUUACACCUCACAGGCUGCAGCUCGCAGGCCAAAAUAAUUUUAUAGAUUCGGGUCGAGUCGGGUCGUAGGAUUGAAAAUCCAAAAUUAUUCAAAUUUCAAAUGAGUUGGGUCGGGUCUGAAUUCAAUGAACCCAGAUUCGACCUAGAAAAUAGAACGGAUCCAAUUUUAGGACCUAAAUCGGCCCUAUGGGUCCUCCAAAAUGGAUUGGGUCGGGUCUAAGCAGGUCCGGCUAGGUUGAGUCACGGGUCAACCCAACCCAUUUGCAACCUUACGCAUUGCUUGGAUAAGUAGAUUUGUACCAAAAAAAACUAUAAUUAGGCAAAAAGAGUCUAGGACACGGUCAAAUGGUGACGGCCAUUAAAAAUUUAGUAUUCCUGGGAUAUGGUAGAACAUGGUUGAAUAGAACGUGACACCUUUCAUAUAUCCUCGCUGUUGACCUUGUCUGUGUGGUUUGUAGCUUGCAAACCACCGCUUUCCUCUCCUAUAUUUCCUCCUGCAUUCGCAUUCUCUCUUCACCAAAUCAGGUUUUGAAUUUCAUGCCUUAUAGCCUUCACUUCUUUUAUUUCUUAUCUCUACCGUCUUUUCGCCUUUCAUCUGCUUUUCUUCAUUGCAGAUUGAGAGGCAAAGAUCCAUCACCACACUUCGUUCGCCAGAUGAACGUUUCUUCUUUCCUUCUUACUAAAUAUUCUCUAGCAUAUGAAUAUAUAACGAAGAUACUAGUACUUGAUUUGGUUUUUUGAUCUCUUGGGCUUCCAUCUUCUACCUUUGCAACUAGGAUAUUUGCUUUUGAAUUAUCACCAUGUCUUUCAGCGGCACCCAGGACAAAUGCAAGGCAUGCGACAAGACCGUCCAUUUCAUCGACCUCCUGACGGCAGAUGGGGUUCCCUAUCACAAGACCUGCUUCAAAUGCAGCCACUGCAAAGGAAAUCUUACGAUGUGCAACUACUCUUCCAUGGAUGGGGUCCUCUACUGCAAACCUCACUUUGAGCAGCUCUUUAAGGAGACAGGCAGCUUUACCAAGAAAUUCCCAACAGGUGCAAAGGAUAAGAAUGAACUGAAUAGGACCCCGAGCAAGGUGUCCUAUAUGUUCUCUGGGACCCAAGACAAAUGUGCCAGCUGCAAGAAAACAGCAUACCCUCUGGAAAAGAUAACUGUGGAGGGAGAGUCAUACCACAAGACCUGUUUCAAGUGCUCUCAUGGAGGGUGCACCCUUACGCCAUCAUCCUAUGCCGCGCUCGAUGGCAUCCUCUACUGCAAGCACCACUUUGCACAGUUGUUCAAGGAGAAGGGAAGCUACAAUCAUCUAAUCAAUGCUGCUUCGAUGAAACGGAGUGCUACUGAGCAACAGCAAGAACAAGAGCAAGCACCGGCAGAGCCAGCGCCCGAGCCUGAACAGGACCAAGAGCAAUCAUAAAGGCGUGCUGCUUUAUAAAUCAACAUUUUCUCUUCUUCUUUUUUUUGCCUCUUUUAAUAUUGACUCUUCCAACUUUGGGCUGGUUCUUCUCUUUCAUCUAUAUAUGACUUGUGAUGAUGAAAUAAAUUGUAAACUUGGUUUUACCAUUUUUUGGCGAUGUAAGAUCUUUCAAACCACAACAAUACUUCGAACAUGCCUUCACAGGGCAUAAGUUUGCCUUAAGUAUUUGGGUAGCAAGUUGCCUUGCAAUGUUUGUUAGUGUUGGAUUUGAAGCAAUUUUAAAAAGAG